AGGAGAGUAAUGAGACAAUAAAGAGAAGGUUUAGACACACACUGACAGAUUUUGAGGAUCAAGGUCCGGUAGUUCUCUCUGUACAACAGAAUGGCUUCAAGCUCGACUAAAGUAUGCGGCUCUCCAGAUAUUCAAGAAGACCUCAGGAUUGUUCUGCUGGGGAAGACUGGCUCAGGAAAGAGUUCAACUGGGAACACCAUCCUGGGAAGGGAGGUCUUUAAGGCAGAAUGUUCAGCAUCUUCUGUGACAAAGACUUGUAGAAAAGUAUUCUUCCACUACAAAGACAGAAGAGUGAGGCUCAUUGACACGCCUGGGAUCUUUGACACGUCGAUAGCAGAAGUCCAGUUGAAAGAAGAAAUCGAGAAAUGUAUCCUCCUCUCUGUCCCAGGACCCCAUGUGUUCCUGCUUGUGAUCAGACUGGAUGUUCGGUUUACAGAAAAUGAGAAGAACGCGGUUAAAUGGAUCAAGGACAACUUUGGUGCAGAAGCCUCUAAGUACACACUUGUACUUUUCACCAGGGGAGACCAGCUCGGGCAGAAGUCCAUUGAGACUUUUUUGGAGGAAAGCGCUGAUCUCAAGGAGCUCAUCAGAACGUGUAACGCCAGGUACAUUGUGUUUGACAACAAGAGCAUGAACAAUCGCACUCAGGUGAAUGAUCUGUUUGAGAAGAUAGAUGAGAUAGUGCAGUUAAAUGGUGGGCAUUACACCAGCAGCAUUUAUGAAGAGGCCCAGAGAAAGAUCAAGUCAGCUGAGAGGUGGAACACCUGUGUAAAGUAUGCGCCUCUGAUAGGUGCAGGUGUGUUUGGAGCUGCUGCUGGUGCUGGAGCUGCUGCUGCUGCUGGAGCUGCAGCUGCAGGGGAAGUCGCUGCUUCGUCCUUUGGGACAACUUUAGUGGCUGCUGCUUCAGGGAUUUUUCAAACUCUUUGGAGGAUUCCAAGACUUUAAAGAUGUAUCAUUAACCUACUCUGAGACACACUUUUCAUCCUGGAUAUAAUUUUUUGUUGAUUGUUUUUAUUGAUUAUUGAAUGUUCUUUUUAUUUUCACUGAUUAUUAUCAGUUUUAUUUCUGAUUAUGAUUUUAUUAAUUCUGUUUGAGUUGUAAAAAUCAAAUAACCUGUAUCUGAUUCUACAUUAUAAGAGUUCAUUAAGAGUGACAGAAGUAUAAGGAUGCUGAAGGUUUGACUUUUUUAAAGGUCAGAAAACUCCUUUUGAGAGAGAUAAUCAAGUCACUUGCAUCCAGUGUAAGAAGACUGUUGAGCUGUGAGGUGCGUGUCCAGAUGAGUGGCCAGGGGUGUCAUGGGCCCCUCCUGAAAUCUUAUUUGCCAUCCCAGAUGCCACCCAAUCAUCCAAUCUAUGAUCAGCUAUUUGUCUACUCAGAGGUGGAAAAACUCAUGCACACUGUCUAAGUUGAAAUGGACUUCAUUGCCAAUGAAUGUAUUUCUGCAGGCUAGCAUACACGAAUGUUAGUAUGUAUUUUCAUGAAUUCAUUCAUCUUGAUAAUUUUGUGGAUAUGUCUUUGAAUUUUGUGAACCAUCUAAGAGUAAUUCUUCUUUUAGGUUUGUGAAGCUGUAAUACAUAUGUGUAAGAGACCUCAUAGCAGCAGUUAUAUUUGGAUUGGAGCCAAGUGUAUGUUGUGAACUAGACAGGAAACAACUGUUUGCUAAGUGUGUGUCUGUUACGUAUACAAAUCAUGGUCAUGUCAUCUUUAUUGCUUUAUAGUGAUCUACCCAAAUGGAAAGGAAUAUGUGGGCUGUACCUUUUAGCAGAAUAUAAGCCACACUGUGAUGAAGACUUUGCCAGCCAUUGUGAGAUCUUGGUCAGCAUGGGUCAGCGAUGGUCUUUGUCAGCCAUGUUUGUUCUGUUUUUGUGUUGCCUGACCAUGGCUGAGUAAAUCCUAACAUAAUCCACAGUUUUUUUCACGAUUUCAUCAUUGUCCAUUUUAUACAGAAACAAACCCCCAGCUAACAACGAGUUAACAUGCAUUUUUGCAUGCAAGUACUUAAAAUCAUGACUUUGCACACAUUGAUAUUUGUUUUUGAUUCCUUAAAGAAUCAAGAAGAUGUAGGCUACAUGUUACAGAUUGUGUUUCUAACAUAUUAUUAGAAGGGAUAGAAAGGGUAAAAAAAGAAUGGGUGUGCCAACAAACGCCACCCCUGAAUCAGUCAGUGCCCGUGGUGGAUCACCUAAGUUUAAAAAGUCUGGACAUGCCCCUGUUUCAAAUAUGCACUCCAGGACAUUUUAGGUCAGCCUGCCAUCCAACUUUUCAACAGUUUUUAAUCACGUGUGGUACAUGUGGUUGUAACUGCAGAAAUGACUUAAUGAUGGCUAAAGAAUGGAAACAAGCUGUUCAUAGGUGGUAACCACACGUUUCAGCAUACUUGGUAAGUAAAGAGACAAUCAAAGAGAAAGCUGCAGAAAAGAGAAAACAGAAGUACAGCCUCAUCAAGAAAACACAUCUCAAAGAGAGUGGAAAUACUGGCUGUACUGGAACACAAUCCAUCUAUUCAUUCUCAUUAAAUACAAGAAUGUCUGCCAGUGAAAUACUUCUCAUAAAGUCUCCUCCUGACUCAUACUCUCAUACCCAGCUGUUUUACAUUAGUUGUUUGUCACCAGGCCGACAGACUUGUAGAUAUAUUUAUUCAAAGUGCAGUCAACUUGAACAUUGAAGCGCAUUAAAAUCAUUCACUGUCACUUUCAACUUGAGUUGACACUUUGAGUACAAGGUGUGAAUUUCAUUAAAUGUUUUACUAAUGGAAAUGAAAAUACACAAUAUGACUUAUACAAAUCAGGUAUUUGCACUUUGUGUAUUUUAUGUAUUGUCUGUGUUUUAUUAAGUGACUCUCCCUGCAACCACAUUUAUCUACGGGUACAAAUAAAGUAAACUGAAAAAAUAAAA